GAGAGAGAGAGAGGUUUCGUAUGAAUUUUAGAAUUAUCAUAUCUGAAUUGCCAGAGUCCAGACAACUAUUGGAUGAUGCAAAGUACAUUUCUCAUCAUUGUCACUUAGUGCCAGAUUGGUUACUUCAGGCAUUUUCAUUUGCAAUGUCUACAUUUGCUGGCUUUUGGCCAUAGAGGGCAAAACUAAUCAGAGUUGUGAGUCCAGAAUAUUUUGGGGAACAUAAGAAGGCUAAUCUUAAAGCAUGAUGCUGCUUCCUGUACAAAAUAGAAAACUGCAAUAAAUAUAAUUAUUUUGAUUGGUUGGAAAGCUCUGAUUAAAUUUUAACUAAUUUUUAAAUACAAACUCCUAACUUCUUCUCCAAUUACAAAUUCAUGGAGAAGAAAUAGAACCAGUAUAAUUACAAAGAUGAAAAGGGGGUUUGUAGUCAGACUGCAGUUCCCACCAGAUGGAACUCUAACAAAUGGAUUGUAUAUCCUUGGAAUAUGUAUUUACAUGAAAUAGAGUUAAAAGAUGAAUCUAAGAUAUCAGGUGGUAUCUGUCUGAAAUUAAGCAAUAUUCAAAAAAGCUUACUGGAAAUAAACUAUUUAAAAUAGAAAUAAGUAAGCAUAGCCUUUAUGUUCUUCAGAUUACAAUUUGAGGAAUAACAAUUUAUUUAAAUCUUUAGACAUAAUCCCAAGCAUAAAUCCCAAAACAACCAAUCAAGUAAGGAGGUAGAGAGUGAUGGGAAGGAAGAAAAACUCAGAUACAAAUUAGGAGGUCUAGGAAGCAUUUACAGGGUCAGCCAUAAAGGAUUCAGAUGUCUAUACAACAAUACUCAAAGUUUGGGGAACAAACAGAGAGAGCUUGAAAUACUAGUAUACAAGGGCAGGUAUGAUAUAGUUGCCAUUACAGAAAUUUGGUGGGAUGAAACUCACAACUGGAAGGCUAUAAACUGCAUAAAAGAAACAGAUCUAACAAAAGAAGAGGCAGAGUUGCAUUAUAUGAGGACCCAGUUUGUGGGGGCAAUAAACUGACUUUGUAUAAAUAUACAGAAGUAUGAAGGCUAUUGCUUAACGCAUUGUAAGCCGCCCUGAGUCUCCGGAGAAGGGCGGCAUAUAAAUCAAAUUUUAAAAAAAAUAUGUAAGAGAUCACUACAUCUGUACAGAAAUGCAUAAAACCAAGAAUGAAAGCCGCCUAGAAUGCAUACAGGUUAAUAUAAAAGGAAAAAAGAAGGCCAUUGCCAUGCCAUAGGUAUUUACCACAGGCCACUCAACGAAACAGAAGAAGUAGAUUAUCUUUUUAUUUAUCAUUUAACAAAUGUACAUCAGAAUCACACCACAGUAGUAAUGGGGAACUUUAAUUACCCUAACAUCAACUGGGAUACAAAUUCUGCAUCAAAUGAGAGAACGAACAGGUUCCUGAUGAACCUAGCUGACAACGUCAUCCAAAAGGUAGAGAUGGGAACUAGAUGAAAAGCUAUACUGGACCUAAUUCUUAUUAAUAGAGAAGAAAUGAUAGAGGGGGUUGAAGUUGCAGGAAUUUUGGAGGAAAGUGAUCAUGUCAUCUUGGAAUGCAACAUAAUGCAGACAUAAACAAGAACUUAAUCAAACCAGUGUUUUAGGCUUUAAAAGAGCUGAUUUCAACAAACUUAGAAUUUGGGGAGGAUUCCUUGGAUGAAUAUCUUAAAGGGGAAAACAACUCAAGAAGCUUGGGAAACUCUAAAAAAUAUUAUUAUAAAAGCCCGGUCCAGCACAAUACCACUGAAAAAUACCAGCACAAUACCACUAAAAAAGAAAAAUAAGAAAUCCAAGAAGAAACUAGCAUGGAUGCAGAAAAAACUCUCUGAUAAAACAAAAGAUAAAAAGGAUAAGUAUAAAAAAUGGAAAGAAGGACACAUAGCUAAGGUAGAAUAUCAGCAUAUAGUCCAAAUCUGCAAAGAUGGUCAGGAAAGCUAAAACUCAGAAUGAAGUAAGACUUGCAACAAAUGUUAAUAAUAACACUGAUACCCAUUGUCAUCGGGGCACUUGGUACCAUGUCCAAGAAUUUUGUAAGAUACAUCAACAAAUUGCAGCUUCCUGCAAUAACACCAGCGGAACUGCAAAAAAACUGCACUACUUGGAACAUCGUACAUCUUAAGAAGGUACUUGGUUGAUACCUAGGAUGCUGGCAGCAACCCAUAUCAACCAUUAGCACCAGUCAAUGGUAUUUGUGAUGCAUUUUUGAAUGUUCAGUUGACUGAGUUUCAUGUUUAAUGAAUAAAGUAAAUAAUUAUAAUAAUUUCAACAUAUAAAAACAAGAAAAAAGUAAGACUUGCAACAAAUGUUAAUAAUAAUAGUAAUAGUUUCUUUCAACAUAUAAAAAACAAGAAAAAAGUCAAAGAAACAAUCAGUCCACUAAUGGGAGAAGAUGGCAAGGAAGUGAUGGGCAGCAGGGGGAAAGCAAAGCUGCUAAAUUCUUUCUUUACAUCUGUCUUCAUACAAAGAAAAAAUAACCCAAACUACCAAGACAGAAUCAUAAAAGAUAGACUAGGAAUUCAAAUUAAAAUAGGCAAGAAAAUGGUAAGAAAAUAUCUGUUUACUCUAGAUGAGUUCAAAUCACCAGGACCAGAUGGAUUACAUCCCAGAGUUCUGAAGGAACUGGCAGAGGUGGUCUUGGAACCAUUGAAUCAUAUCUUUCAAAGAUACUGGAGCACCGGGGAAUUAUCAGAGGACUGGAAAAAAGCUGAUGAGGUCCACAUCUUAAAAACAGAUCCAGUAAACUAUAGACCAAUCAGCUUGACAUCAAUACCUGGGAAGAUCCUGUAAAAGAUAAUCAAGCAACAGAUCUGCGAACAGCUAGAAACAGGCAAAGUUAUAACCAGAAACCAACACGGAUUUAUCAAAAAAAAGAUCAUGCCAAACAAAUCAUUUCAUUCUUUGACAAAGUGACUAAAUUAGCAAAAUAUUUUGGACAUAGUAUACUUGGAUUUCAGUAAAGCAUUUGACAAAGUAGACCAUAACCUACUUCUUGGUGAGCUAGACAAAUGUGGAAUAGACAGCAUCACCACAAGAUGGAUUUGUAACUAGCUGACAAACCGCACUCAACAUGUAGUCCCCAAUGGAACUGUGUCUACAUGGAGGGAACUAAGUAGAGGGGUACCUAAGUUUCUGUUUUAGGCCCAGUGCUCUUCAAUAUUUUCAUAAAUGAUUUAGAUGAGGGGAUAGAAAGGGGUCUCAUCAAAUUUGCAGAUACCACCAAGUUGGCAGAAAUAGCCCAGAAGAUAGGCUCAAGAUCCUAUCGACAAAAACACUGGGCCCUAUCUAACAAAAUGAAAUUCAAUGUAGAGAAAUGUAAGAUUUUAUAUGUAUGCAAGAAAAUACAUGGGAAAAUCCCUUUACCAAUGAAAAUUUAAUUAGGGCUAGGCUUACAGUUAGGUCUUCUUGGAGUCAGGGCUAAGAACUAGAGUUAGGGGUAGGUGAGAAAAACUUGUCUAAAAAUCUGUACAGGUACAGAUUAGAUGAAACUUGGCUCAAUAGCAAUAACUGCAAGAGGGAUCUUGGGAGUCCUAAUGGACAAUCACUUAAAUAUGAGUGAGCAAUGUACUGCAACCACCAAAAAAAGCCAAUGCAAUUCUAGGGUGCAUUUACAGAGGAAUACAAUCAAGAUCACAUGAAGUAUUAAUAUUAUUUUAUAAGGCCUUGGUAAGAUCACAAUUGGAAUACUGUAUCCAGAUCUGGUCACCGCAAGAUAAAAAAGAUGUUGAGACUCUGAAAAGAGUGCAGAGAAGAGCAACAAAGAUGAUUAGGGUGCUGGAUGCUAAAACUUAUCGUGUUCCCCCAAAAAUAAGACCUGUCUUAUAUUUUUUUGAACCCUGAAAUAAGAGCUUGGUGUUAUUGCCAUGCAUUCAAAAGCCCAAUUGGGCUUAUUAUCAGGGAAUGUCUUAUUUUGAGGGAAACAGGGUAAUGAAAAGAUGGACUAGGAGACAUAUGACAGCAGUAUUCCAAUAUUUGAGGAGUUGCCACAAAGAAAAGGGGGUCAACCUAUUUUCCAAAGCACCAGAAGUAGGACAAAAAGCAAUCUUUGGAAACUAACCAAGUAGAGAGGUAACCUAGAAUGAAGGCCAGAUAAGGAACAAUGAAUGGAAACUGAUGAAGGAGAUAUUCAACCUAGAAAUAAGGAGAAAUUUUCUGACACGGAACAAUAAACUAGUGGAAUGGCUUGCCUUCAGAAGUUGUGGGUGCUCCAUCAUUGGAGGCUUUUAAAAACAGACUGUACAGUCACUUAUCUGAAAUGGUCUAGGGUUUCCUAUACCAUUGAGCAGGAGGUUGUGCUAGAAGACCUCCAAGGUCCCUUCCAACUCUGUUCUGUUUUGUAAAUGUUUUAUAAAAACUUUGAAUACCUUAUCUCAGUGGUUCUCAACCUGUGGUCCACGGAACCCUGAGGGUCUAUGAUGUCAUCAUAGGGUGUCCCUGAAGGCUUGAAGAAAUGUUGUGAUUCAAAUCUUGAGUUAAGGCUUGCAGGUCCGUGACCAUGGCCCUUGGCCAUAAAAGGCUUUGAAAGUAUUUUAGAAGGGCUUUAUGGACCAAGGCUACGAAGAGACCUCAGUUUAUUUGAAGACUGUGAACCAGAAGAAGUAACUGACUGGUCUAUGGAUGAAAAAUGUUCCUUUUGUAAUUUGCAUAAAGAAAUAGUCAGCGAUCCCUCAAUGGUUCUUGGUUCUUUGCAGUCAACGCCUACAGAGGAGGCGUCUCAGGGCCAGUCCAACACUGAUAAAAUUGAGUGCCAAGCAGAGAAUUAUCUAAAUGCACUCUUUCGUAAGGAAGAUCUUCCUCAGAACUGUGAUCCUAACAUUCCCCUAGUUGCUCAGGAAUUAAUGAAAAAGAUGAUCCGUCAAUUUGCAAUUGAAUAUAUUUCAAAAAAUAGUAAACUGCAAGAAAAUCGAAACGGUUCGUCAUAUGAAAUGAGUCUGAUAUGUAAAGAUUUCCAAAUGAACCAAACCGAAAAUCCACUUCAGGAAGAACAAGAUAGCCCUCUAGACCUCACUGUGAAUCGAACACAGGAUACUCAGCAAGGGGAUGGAGUGCUAGAUCUCUCUACGAAGAAAACAAACUUGGAACAGUCACAGUAUGAUGGGUCAUGUUCUGAAAAUUCAUUGUCUGGUUCAAGUACAGCUGCUGGUGCAAAACUAGAGGAAACAACUAAAUUGGAAAGAGGAAACUCUACUCUAAACAAGGUGUUGGCUUCCUUAUGUUCAUAUCAUUGGCAUCAGACUUUAGCCAUGUUGAAAUUUUUCAUCCAAGAAUCAUGUUAUUCAGGUUGCAGUAGUCAACUGUCUUACCCUAAAUAUUCUGAGAGAGAGGAAGAUGAGGUUCAUAUUCCAGGCUUCAGUUGUGAUGACAACGUGCUGAUGAAAAGGUGCCGUUCACAAAAUGUAAGACCAGAUAAGGAUUGUUUGACAUGCCACUCAAUGACCCCAGACUUUGUUAACACAGUGAUGAACAAAGAAAAUUCUUUGCUUUGCCAUCCUCAUGGGUGUUGUCCCAAACAGCUACAACUGUGUAAAAUCUAUUCUACCCGGGCAGAUUUGUAUACAUACCUCUUUUCAAGAGGGCAAAAAAUUAAUAAGGGUAGCCAAGGGCGCAGCCCUUCACCACCUCCAUUGUCUCCUGUGGAAGCUGAUGGGUACAAUUCUCUGAAGGAAUUAGCUGAAGAUAACAGACCUGAAAAAACCUGUAACCAGCCUCCUUCACUGUUUCCCGCUGAACUAGAGAAAGAUCAAAUAUAUCUUGCAGAAGUGCCCAAUAACCUGCAGGAAGGCAUUGUAAGUGUGAAUCAAGAAAAUAGCCUUACAAUUUCUGAUAAGCUUGAAAAGGUUGAAAAUGCUGAUGUGUUUCAGGAUUUAAUGGAUCGAAUCAAUGAGAAGUUGAAAUCAAUAAAAACUACUGAUACAGAAAUAUUGGGAAAAUUACUUAAGAGUGAUGGGAGAAUAGAAGCCGAUUCUAAAUUACGGAACUUCAUUACAUCUCUCUUACAUGAUGCUAAGGCCAAUGAUUAUAAUUUUACAGAAUUACUGAAUCAACAUGAUAAGCAAGUGGAAAAUAAAAUUAUACAAACAAGAUUUCGUAAACGACAAGAAACUUUGUUUGCAAUGCAUAGUUUUCCCAAUUCAUGUCUAUUUAGACAAAAGUCUUUGCAAAUUAAAAGAGAGUUGGCUAGCUUUGAUGAAACUUUCUUAAGAAAGAAGGCAAUCUCACAGAGAAAAGUUAAAAAAUAUACAAAAAAUGACAAAUACAAUACAUUAAAACAGCUUGAUUUACAAGGCUACGAAAAUAAAGAUGGGACAUAUUCUUCUAAGUCAAAGCUUUUGCCACUAGAUCAAGAAGAAACUAUAGAACUACCUCUCAUCAGCUCAGAAAUUAAUUCUGAUUUUGUAACAUUUGCAGCAAACAGCUCUACAAUCUCUCAAACGGUUUUGGCUAAAACACAAUGUGGAAUUGAACUACAUGUGGAUCCAGCUGGUGUGAAAGGAAAUUAUGAUAGAGGCCUGGAAAGAACCAGACAUAACAUUUUCUCUCCUAGAUGGUGCUCUUUGUAUGUAGCAAACAAUUUUUUAUUAAGGAAAAACAUAAAAUCAAAAUCUGCUGCUAGCAUAGAAGGGGAUAAAAUUCUCAAAGAUUUUCAAGCUAAGUCAUGUAGCAAUGAAAAUAUAAAUAAGAUUAUGCAGAAAACCAAUCUACAUGUUGUUAUAAAGCGUUUGGAAGAUACAAUGAAUAUGGCUCAAAAGGCCACAGAGCCCAUGUGUAAUGGUUAUAAAAUAUUGGGCAAAAUGAAAGACCUUCAAAAUUCUGAUGCCAACAGUAAAUCUAAAAGUGGCCUUAUUAGCAUGAGUGAAACUGGAAGUAAGGGACAACAUGUGUUACCACAGAGUCAUUUAACAGGUAGAAGUAGCAACAAAAAUGAUUUUGUGCCCAAAAAAGAAAAUGUAUCUUGUGAAGAAGAAUAUGAAAGACUUUUGAAACCCUCAAUUUCCCAAGGAAAUUCUCAUUUGGGGGAUAAUUCAUCAACAUUGAAUUACACUAGCCCUAUAAAACUUAUGUUCCUUUCCAAGAUUAAUAGCAGUGAAGGAGUCAAGUACACACUAAAUGAUUCAUCCAAAUUAAACAUAGAUCUUUAUUCCCUUCAGGAGAAAACAAAUAAGCUGUUGGGAAAACAGUUGGAGGCAAAGGAUUCUGAUGAAAAAGCAUCUGUUAAUAAAUGCAGCUAUAAUGAAAAUACAGAUAAAAAUAAAAUAAGAACUGGUUUUCCUACAACAGUUGCCACUGUAACCAAUCCUAAGCUUAAGGAAGAACCUGUGGAACAAGGCAACACUGGAUCCUCCCUGAAAAGAAAACCUGGGAGACCCAAAAAAAUUGGUCCCCAGGUUGUAAAACAAAUUAAACGUCCGAUUGGACGACCUCCCAAACCAAAAGCUGAUGUGAGUAAUAAUGGUAGUCAUAGGAAAGACUCCAUUGGUGUUGCAAAAAAUGCCAACUGUAACAUGGAAUGCCUAGAGGAAGAGAACAUUUACAAAAAUAUUACAGUGACUGUUGUUUUUGGAAGGUCUCGAAGGAUUAAGAGGUGUGUUUCAGAAAGUAACCUAAAUAUAGUUAAAACUGCACCAGAACCUCGCAGCUACUGCAGUGUUGUAUGUGACCCUGAUCAAAUAACACUGAGCUCAGAUGCCAGGAACAACUUGCCAAAAUCUAAAAUUAUGCAAUAUUCUACAACAGAAAAGGCAUCUAAAUGUGGCUAUGAGGAUGUUAGACCACUAGAAAGCAGCCCUGUUCUACCAUCUCAUUGCAGCAAUAUCAGACCAAACCAAAAGCCUUUAAAUAUAAUUAGAAAACCUGGUAGGCCAGCAAAAGUAAAAAUAUCUGGCAUAUCAGUGACUAUUAAUCAGAUUUCAUCUCAGGAAAGAAAAGUGUGUGUCAACAGCUGCCUGCCUCCCUUAGAGCAAGAAGCUGUGUCAGAAAGAAAUGAACCAUUUAAGAAGGAUGCUAAGCAAUGCAAUAAAAGAUAUGAUUUUAAAAACCUUCGCAAUGAUGAAGCAGGGAAUUUUUCACCCAAGAUUAUCAUUGCUUCAAAAAGGUCUGAAACUCAUUUGAGACACUCUCUUAGAAGACCAUCAUUGCCUUUUGUACAUUCAUUAGCAUCUUCUAGCUCAUUUUCUUGUAAACGUGCCUUUUUGCAUAAACCGUGUAAACCCUGCUUGAAAAAUGGUAAAGAUCACAAAGUAAAGCAUUCAAAAAUGCCACCCAAACAUACCUCAAUAAGUACAAGGGCAGACAAUGCAAAAAGUAGUUCUGAGAAUAGUAAAUCCAGAUCCGUCGGUGAAAUGACUUUGGAUCCCAUAAUUUCAUCCAAUUCCCUUAGAUGGUGGGAUCCUUCUAUUUCUAAUGAUUCUUUGUUAAAAGAACUAAACAGUAGAUAUGACCAGAUAACUAAGACUUGGUUGCAUGUGAAUGGAGAAGAAUAUGAGAAAUGGCCAUAUAAUGGAACAUGUCAUAUUGAACAAGAUAGUAACAUUGAAGUAUCAAAUCCUUUGGACUCCUGCAUUUUGGAACUGGAAAAUUCACCUAUAAGAAUGCUUUUCCAGAAAAAAUGCAGUAUAGAUGAUCUAUGUGCAUGGUUUAUGCAAACAACAGAAACACAAUCACUAUCACUAGUCAGAAAAGCAAAUGCUCGUGAUCCUUUUGAAGUAAUUAGUACAAGGCAGUUCAAAAUGGGAACAAGACAAUAUGAUUGUAAUACUAGUCCUUUGAGAAAGCACUUUAAAAAAUUUGCACUGUCCACACCUUCAAAAUCAACAGGAAAAUUGCAGCUUCUACAUAAAAUUGUCAGAUCUCAAGUCUUAAGCAAGGAGCAUAGCUUCACCUUAGCUAAAUUGAGAACUAAAUUUGAGAACUUGCAACACGAUCGAUGGCAACAAGUGAAAAAACUGUAUAAUCAUGGAACAUCUGACUGGAAAUCAAAAAAGAAAAACUUGCGAUUCUUCUGCCAAAGUCAGUGGUUGACUAAUUCAAGUAGGAAACUUAACAAAAUAUGUACAAGCCUUGAGAAUGACCCAGUAGAAACUCAACCAACAACUUUGUUGGAAUCUUACAGAAUCACUUCAGCAACUGGAAAUGAAAUCAGAGAUGCAUUUAUUCAACAAGAUGCACAAUUGUCUGACCUCAGCACAAAGUGUGACUCAGUCUCAAACUGUAGGCCAAGUAGUAAAUCCAUGUACAGCAAUCAGCAAAGUAUUGGACAAGCACAUGCCCCUAAUGAAUGUAAUGAAAGUGCAUGGAGAGAGCAAACCUUUAAGGAUUGUCGAAUAUUUUUGAAGAAAAUUAAUCCAGUGGAUAAACAGCAUGUGUUUAAUAAGAACUUUGCCAUCUGUACUUCAGAAUCUAUGGAACAUUGCAGCAGCCACAUCUACUCCCCAGAAAACAAUGGUUGUCCUUUGAGGUCCCCCUCUGUUCAGCAGAGCAUGGCUGAUAAUGGUGAAAGGAACAGAGGGGCUUCUAACAGAAGCAGGCAUUCCAGCUUGCUUACUGAAGUCAAGAAGUCAAGCAAACGUGCCGCUUUUCAGGAUGGCCCAAUGGAGACCCCUAAAAAAAUGAAGAAGACACAAUGCAAGUUCACUGAGCUGAACAGAAAGAAAAGGAAUAAGAAGCCAUUAUGUAGUACUGGCCAAAUAUCAAACUGUUACCCAAAAUACCACCUGGGUCCUCUUAAACCUGUUGGGCUGCCUUUGCUGGGUGGACUUGCUAGCAGAGCUGUUGAAUUCUCCAUGAUCCCAUUCCAAUUGCCUCUCCAUGGAAGCUCUCAAGUAAAUCCCAUGAAUUGUUAAAAUGAAUUCAUCUGUCAUCAUCCCAGAGAAGCAUGCAGUACUGUGAAUGAUUGUCAAACUGAGCAAGUCAUUGCUGUACUAACUAAACAAAACUGCUUUGAAGAGCUAAAAACUCAAACUCCUUUCUGGAGGUUGCAUUUAAUUGAAAUUGUUGCAAUAUGAGCUAAGAGUUAUUUCUGUUGAUGCACAAAUUAGUGACAAACUUGCAUAUAGGAUGGUGUCCGUGUUGAUGUGAAGGAUCUAAGGACUGGUUCCUUGGGACGUGCCUAUCAAAAUAUCUCAAGAAUGCUAACCAUUCCAAUCAUAUGGUUGCAUAUUGACUUCCAAAUGUUAUCCCCACCCCCAGUGAGUAAUAGUACAAUGGAACUUCUUUUCUCUUUAUUUGUGACAAGUUGCAUGCAUGUUAAGAUAUCCAUCUUAAGAUUCAACAAAGAAGGCUAAAAGGGAAUCCAUUUUGCAGAAUAUAUCAAAGCAAAUUCAGAAACCUUGGCAUUGCCUUAUUUUUCCAUUAUAAUUUGCAGAGUGUCCUAAAAACUGCCCCUCCGGUGGACAGCACAAGUGAUAAUUUGUCCUUGAGGCCCUGUAUUUUAUCUGAAAUAGGCUUACAGGGAUAAUGAGUUACCAAGAGCAAGACAGGCAUUAGCGUUCUGGGAAAAAAAAAGAAGAGAAAACUAAUAUAAGACCUAAAGUCUAGAGAAACAUUUAGCACAGUUAUGGAUGAGGUUUCUCCAGCCUAAAGUUCAAGCCAAGAGAUUCAAUGAGUUCAAAUGAACAUUAUGAUAACUUUCUCUUGGUAUGUUGCAGCCUAUUUCUGCAAUAGGCAGUGGCAGCCUGUUUCUAUUUUCAGAUUUCUUUUGUUACAUCAGAGUUCUAGAAAGUAUAAGAUACAAUUGGAAGGUGCUAGAUGUUUUUAAAAGUAUUUUGUCCCAGGUGUAUGGAGGCUGAUGUGUACCACUUAAAACUUGUAGGGUUUAUCAAUGAUAUUUCUAGUAAGAAAUCUGCCUCUACAUCCAAUUCCUAGUCAUAUUUUGUACUUUCUCUUGAUUAAAUGGUAUCCUUUGGUGGGUUGCACAGAUCUCAAAAGAACUUAGCUUUGGAAAAUAUGGUUUAGGCACAAGGGAAAAAGGAGUGUCACCACUGUGGAGGAUGAAAGCUAACCCUAUUUGUCCUCUCUCCAGAGACGGGCCUGCCAGACUGUCAUCAGAUGGCCAGUCAAUUAUACAGAGCUUCAUUGGUGUUGUACUUUGCAGAGGUCUUACUCUUCUCUCCUGAGAUAUCUGCACAGACACAUCAGAAAGACUAGAGCAAGAGGGGCUAAUGCACAUACCUAUUUCUUGGAUAGUGUUUCUUUAGUAUAGGAGUAAUGCAAUGUACUUUGUGUUAACUUUGCUUAAGAAACUGACUUUUUAAGUUCAUGGCCAAUUUUACAGUAUGUAACCAUAGGUGGCAAAUUAUUUCAUGUUUAUAAGUUCAUUUUCAAAGAACAUUUUAAAUGCCAGACUUUUAAGACUUUGAAUAGAUUCAAUAUAAGAGGACCAGAUGGAUUGUAUAGAUUUACAUUUGGCAAAAAUUUAACUGCAAGGCAAGCAAUCUCAUUGCACUUGUUUCUACAAUAUAUAUUCCAGGAGUGAUAUAAAAUAUUUGUACCAUAAGAUAAAAAUAUGCUAAUAUCAGCCCUUCAGGGUAAACCAGACUAGGAAACCAGAGUUAUGAAUACAGUGGUGAAAUCCAAAUUUUUUUACUAUACGGUUCUGUGGGCGUGGUGUGGCUUGGUGGGCAUAGCAGG